GACGUAGCAACUCCUGCCCUUCACAUCCGUCCACAUCCUUCCAGGCUCUGCUCCCAGGCACACCGACCGCAAAGAUGGCUCUCCUCAAGUCCAGCAAAGUAAUCUCCUCUCUGGGAAACAUUUCUCCGUCUCUGGGAGUCCUGUCCAGCCGCCACAGCUCAUGGUGGGGUGGAUUGCAGAUGGGUCCCCCCGAUCCCAUCCUGGGGGUGACCGAGGCCUUCAAGAGAGACACCAACCCCAAGAAAAUGAACCUGGGAGUGGGAGCCUACAGGGAUGACCAGGGCAAACCGUUUGUGCUGAGCUGUGUCCGCAAGGCAGAGGCGCUGAUUGCAGCCAAACAGCUGGAUAAGGAGUACCUUCCCAUCGGUGGUCUAGGGGAGUUCAGUAAAGCCUGUGCCCAACUGGCUCUUGGUGCUGAAAGUGAGGUGUUGAAGAGCGGCAGGAACAUCACCGUGCAAACCAUCUCUGGAACUGGAUCUCUGCGCAUUGGAGCCAACUUCUUGGCUCGGUUCCAUGAGGGUUCACGUGACGUGUACCUGCCCAAACCUUCCUGGGGAAACCACACGCCCAUCUUCAGAGAUGCCGGCAUGCAGCUCAAAGGGUACCGAUACUACGACCCGUCCACCUGCGGCUUUGACUUCAAAGGAGCUCUGGAGGAUAUCUCUAAAAUCCCAGAGAAGAGUGUGAUCUUGUUGCACGCUUGCGCUCACAACCCCACUGGUGUGGAUCCUCGGCCCGAGCAGUGGAAGGAGAUCGCAGACCUCGUGAAGCAAAAGAAUCUGCUGGUGUUCUUCGACAUGGCGUACCAGGGCUUCGCCAGUGGAGACAUCGACCGCGAUGCCUGGGCCGUUCGACACUUCAUCGAGCAGGGUCACAACAUCGUGCUGUCUCAGUCCUUCGCCAAGAACAUGGGACUUUACGGUGAACGUGUGGGAGGCUUCACUGUGGUGUGUAAAGAUGCAGAUGAGGCCAAGAGAGUAGAGUCUCAGCUUAAGAUCCUCAUCAGGCCCAUUUAUUCCAACCCGCCAAUGAACGGUGCCAGAAUUGCGGCGACUAUUCUCAACACACCAGACCUGCGUUCACUGUGGCUGGAGGAGGUUCAUGGUAUGGCUAACCGCAUCAUCAAGAUGAGAGAGCAGCUGGCGGCCGGACUGAAAAGUCAAGGCUCCUCCCACAACUGGCAGCACGUCAUCGACCAGAUCGGGAUGUUCUGCUUCACUGGCCUUAAACCUGAACAGGUGGAGCGUUUGACAAAGGAGUUCUCUGUGUAUAUGACUAAGGACGGCAGAAUCUCCAUGGCAGGCGUGACCUCUGGAAACGUGGGCCACCUGGCCGAGGGGAUCCACGCGGUGACCAAGUAGAGUGGAGCGUGAAAGUCACAGCAGAAGCGUGAGCGAGGAGCUUUCGCGUCUCGCUUACGAUUCUUCGUUUGCUUCAUUCCACCAUUUAGAAAGCGAGCUCGAUCUUUAGUCUCGACAUUUUCAUGAUUGGAUUUCAUUGUGAGUUCAACUUUGUCCCAGUGCAAGAUUUGUUUUUGGUUUUAAAUAUUUCACUUAACAAGCUUCCCUCUCCAUUUGUAAAAGACAUGGUUUCUCCAACAUGAGUCUGUGGGCUGUGUGUCAGUGUCCUCCUGAAAUGAAUGUGCUCUGUGUUACCACCAGGGGGCGUGCUGGACUGUGCAUUAGUUUUACAUGCAGGGAUUUCUCCUUUCUUUAAUUUAAUGGUUGUUGUGUUGUAGCACUUUAAAAGCAGCAAAAGCACUGUUUGAGUUUCAUCCGCACUCUUAUUAUCUUCUCGGACUUCGCUAUAUUAACAUGUAUCUGUUAAUCAAUUCACUAUCGGGAUAAUCUGCGGUUGUUCAUCAGAGCCAAUCAAUCGCUGCUAAUUUACUCUGCUCUUUAUCUCUGUUUGGAAAUUGCUCAGCCAUUAUAGUUACACUUUAGUUUUUUUCCACUAAACCUGCAGGUCAGUCAGUAGGUCAAACCCCUGUAACUAACAGCCCACGCACCACAACGGUUACAUUUAGUGAUCGAAGUCAAUGAAAUAAUACUAUCAUGAAGUAUUUUUAUAUUCCCGCUGUUGCCCCACCGCUGUGCACUCACACGUCACUGACAUGUCCGUGAUGACGCGCACAGGUGGUGUCCAGGAACAAGUCGUCCCCUCAUGCGUCUGAAACUUGUGUCUUUCUGCUUCGGUCGCUUUGCAAUCUGUCAAGAGAUAAUCGUGGAUCGCUGGUCAUGAACCUCACUGAACAAACAAUAAAUAAAUUAUUAUAGAGUA